CUGUCAAGAAGAGUUUGUUUUGAUUAUAAGCGGCGUUGUUUCGUGCGCUGUGAAUUUUAACUAAAGUUAAAAGCAUUCGAAAAUGGCUUCUCAAAUCCAAUCCGUUCAUACACCAUCGGUAGCGUUGAGCAAAUAUCGCGAUCAACAUUUUAAGGGCUCGCGCCACGAACAGGAAAAAUUGCUGCGCCUUUCCUCCACGCUAUACGUGGGCAAUUUAUCGUUCUACACCACCGAAGAGCAGAUACAUGAACUCUUUUCCCGGUGUGGAGAUGUGCGGCGUAUCAUAAUGGGGUUGGAUAAAUUCAAGAAAACACCAUGUGGAUUUUGCUUUGUAGAGUAUUACUCACGGUUAGAUGCGGAAAGUGCGAUGCGAUACAUCAACGGAACACGGCUGGACGAUCGAAUCGUUCGUGUCGAUUGGGAUGCCGGAUUCAUCGAGGGCCGUCAGUAUGGUCGGGGUAAAACGGGCGGACAAGUGCGCGACGAAUACCGACAAGAUCACGAUUUGGGCCGUGGCGGUUAUGGCAAGAUGGUACAGAUGGGUCAGCUAGGCGCUCCGUCAAUGCGGGAAUAGAGAGUGUGUCCAUUGGCAACGUAAUAGCCGAUGGUAGGAUAACUAAUCUAUAAUGUAAAUUUCUCGUAUAAGCGUAUAUUUAAGCGAAUGAAAUCAUUUUCUACAACCGGAA